UGUGUUUUUGUUUUUUUUUUACAAAAAAAGCAUCAAGUAUUUCUACCUCUCUUCACAGUGUUGCUCCAGUAACUUCUCGGGAAGUUCUUCUAAAGGGUUUAGAGUAAACAGGAUUAGAGAGCAUUAAAAAAUCCUCCUCUCUCCAAGAGCCAUCUGCCUUUCUACCUCGGAGCUGUCCUCUCAGCACCAUGACCUACACCUCAUUUUAGCUGUUGAAGAAAGCAGGAAACCAUUGUGCCAUAUGGUCAUCACAUGAUUUCUUCACAAACUUCUGUUAUUUUUCUGCGUCUGGAGAUUUAUGAACUAUGCAAACUUGUAAGAAGCUGCUUUUGAGAGGACGUGCAUAUCUACUUGAUCCUUUUCCAAGACGGAUUUAAACACAAUCACGGAAUAGACAUGAGCAACCUUUUCAGGAGAUGUGUUUUCUCCUCUGUUGUUUUUAGUUUUGUGGUCUUAUUUUUGGACAUAAGGACAGAUGCAACAAUGGAGGGUUCAUCUAUGGGUUACCUGAGUGUGCCCUACAGUCAGGAGCUUUCAGAAGUUGUUGGUGCACCCGAUGUGGAGGUUUCUGAUGAAGGCCAUGAAGUUAUCUCUCGGCGGAAGAGGAACAUCCUUUUUCCAAAUGGAGUCAAACUCUGCGCACAAGAGACCGCAGAGCAAGUUGUUGCAAACCACCUGAGCUACUUUAAUCUCAGAGUGUGCCAGGAGACAAUAUGGGAAGCUUUCAAGAUCUUCUGGGACCGCCUCCCCGAGCAAGAGGAGUACCAAAGCUGGAUGAACCAAUGCCAGGAGGGCACAAUCACAGCACAAUAUAUUGGCAGCCACUUUAGCCAAUCAGAGGAGCAUCAGGCUCUGGUUAAAAAGAGAAUGUCAGAGCCAGGUUUGAAAAGUAGUGAUGAGCCCAACCGGUCCUGGCAACAUAUGUGCAGCACUCUGACACAGCGAACACCGGAAGCCCUUGAAGCUCCUGAGCUAGAGGACACAGUUGAAGGAGAGGAGGUGGAGGAAGCAGCCGCCGAUGUCCCAGAGGUAGAGGAGAAUCCAUUGAACAACGACAUCGCCGUGCAGCCUCUGACCCCCACGAUGCUGGAGCAGGUGGUGGAGCUGAGCAUCCUCCUGCCCGGAAAAUCGUACAGCAACGACCUGGAGAAUCCGACCAGCUCCCAGUACCAAACACUCAGCAGACAGCUCGCUCAAAAGAUUGAGGACGCUCUGAAGGGGCUUCCUGGAUUUAAGAGUGUGUCUGUGAAGGACUUCAGGCCUGAGAAGGACGACGAAGGGGGCGGUGUGGUGGUGGACUACGCUGUCACAGUGGUGGUGGAUGGAUCAGGAGUGAGCUUGGAACAACUGGACUACCUGACGCUGCAAUCCAACUGGGUGGAGAACUCGUACCGUGAAGUCAUGGAGCUCCCCACUGUGGUGUACGCCAUCAACGAGGUCAAAGACAUCAUCACUGAGGCCCUGCAUAACAACGAGCUGGACACUGUUAAGACCAGCGGAGGCCAAAGCUCGUCUGCUGUGUCUGAGGUCCCUACCGCUGCAGAUGGAGACACGAAUACUGCUGCCGAUGAGCCCCCAGAGGUCACGAUCCUAGAAGAGGACGUAGAGGAUGUCGACAAAGUCGGCGUCCUGCCUGACGUCUCCGAAACCAACAGAGUGGAGAACAACGAAAACGACAUCAUUAUCCUGGAGGAGAGUGCAGUUGUGUCUCCUGAUUCUGUCAAUACAGAUAGUGAACUUGAAGCUGAUAGCAUUGCAGAGGAGGGUCUGUUACUCGGGGACAUUGUGCAGACUCCUGCAGUAGAAACCCCCGCCGCAGAGGAGCUCCCAGCCGAGCUGUCGGAGGUUACACUUCAUGAACCCCCGGUGGAUGAAGAGGCCUCUGGAGUGGGCACAGACGACCUGAAUAACCUGCUCGAGCCACCUGCAACCACAGAAGAAGAAGAAGUAGAGUCUCUUGAGGAGACUGACCCAGAAGAUGGGCUGAGAACGGAAGAUGUCGCAAUAAAUUCAGAAAUCCCAGAGUAUAAUGAGAUUUCCUCAAUCGCAGCUGAUACCACAGAGGAAGAAGAAGAAGGCCUGUCUGUCCUGGUCUCAUCUCCUGAGACUAAAGAGGAAGCGAGUGAAGCACCAGAACCGUUGGCAGAAGAAACAGGUGAAGAAUCUGUGGAAGAACAACCAGAAGAACAACCAGAAGAACAACCAGAAGAACAACCUGCCGAAGAGGAAGACAAUAAUGUGGUGCUGACCAUUCCUGAGGAACCUGUGGCUGAAGAAGGUGGCGUGGAGGAAGCAACAGAGAACGAGGUAGAAGAGGCUGCACCUGAAGCUCCUCCUGUGGAGGAAGAGGGCCCGGCAGCUCCAGAGCUCUCCACAGAGGAUCUGACAGAGGAUGAGAUCCUACUGGUCAACGUUGAUGAACCAGAACCACUAGUGACGGACUCUCUGAACCCGGUCCAACCCACUGCUCUGUCCCCAGAGAAGGAGUCGCCCUUCACCCGCAUCUCUGAUAUUGACACCGCCCUGGAGGAACAACCUGACAUCAUCAUCCCUUCACUGGUGGAGAUCCAGACCACUGACGGAGGCUUGGAAGGUGCCACUAAUGGAGACAGCGACUAUGAUGUGAUCCAUUAUGGUUAUGAGUUGAUUAACCACACAGAGGAGGGCAGCACUGGCUUUCCGUUUGGUGUACACGGCACAGACCAAGUCAGUAUCGCCAUGCCUGUGAACCCCGGACGAGCACUGAUGGUGUUCUUCAGCCUGAGGGUGACCAACAUGAUCUUCUCAGAGGAUCUCUUUAAUAAGAAAUCCCCAGAAUACAAAGCUUUGGAGCAACGAUUCAUAGAGCUGCUUGUGCCCUACCUGCAGUCCAACCUGAGUAACUUUGAGAACCUGGAGAUCCUGAACUUCAGGAACGGGAGCAUCGUGGUCAACAGCCGGAUGAAAUUCGGAAAACCUGUUCCACAAACCGUCACCACCACCGUCUAUCUGAUCCUGGAGGACUUCUGUAACACAGCCUACCAGACCAUGAACCUGGCCAUCGAUAAGUACUCACUGGACGUAGAGUCAGGUGAUAAAGCCGACCCCUGUAAGUUCCAGGCGUGUAACGAGUACGCUGGAUGUAAGGUGAACAAGUGGUCGGGGGAGGCGGAGUGUGUCUGUAACGCAGGAUACUUCAGCGUGGACAGCCUGCCCUGUCAGAGCAUCUGUGACCUGCAGACUGACUUCUGCCUCAAUGAUGGCAAGUGUGACAUCAUCCCCGGCCAGGGAGCAAUCUGCAGGUGUCGUGUCGGGGAGAACUGGUGGUACAGAGGAGAGCACUGUGAGGAGUACGUGUCUGAGCCGCUGGUGGUCGGCAUAGCGAUUGCCUCCGUAGCUGGAUUCCUAUUGGUGGCGUCCGGAGUAAUCUUCUUCCUCGCCAGGACGUUACGGGAUCAGUAUGACAAGGAUGAGUCAGAGGACCCCAUACGGCGAGCAGAGAGUGUCCCGUCUCUCGAGAGGGCGACUAAGUACAACCCCAUGUACGAAAGUGAGGCCACCACAGGCUACAGCCACUACUACCGCCGCUAUCCUGAAGCUGCGGUGUACAGCAGUGCCAGCGCUGAGGCCUCCACUGACUUCAGCAGCGACGAGAUACGACACAUCUACGAGAACAGUGAACUGACCAAGGAGGAAAUCCAAGACAGGAUACGCAUCAUUGAGCUCUACGCAAAGGACCGACAGUUUGCAGACUUUGUACGGCAUCAUCAAGCUGUUGUGGACACACGCAGAGAGAGCUCCUCUGCACACACAUGAAACUCUCCUGUGAAUAAGACGGAGCAGCAUGGAAGACGAGAGUGAAUCGGGUCGAGGGAGACAGAAUCAGAGUAGGCACGUGGCUGGAUUACUGCUCUGUUUUCGGUGCACGUGCCUUACCAGCAGUGUGGCCGGUAGGAUUGCAAGUCAUCGUUUGCUUUUUUCCAAGUCCCACUGGCCUGAUAGUCAUUUUCAUAGGCCCAAAUCUGCCUAUUGUUGAACACUCAGCAUUUAUCACCAGACGAUUGAGUGGUUACAGAGGGAUAUUUGAUUGUGUGAUUACAAACUCCAGAUCUAUGUUCACGUUUCUCUAUUUUCUUUUUAAGACAAUAAAACAAUACGCCAAUGCUCUGUUUACAGUUUAAUGUGCUGCCCUCAAGUGUUACGUUCAGUUAACUCAGGUUUAAAUCAGACUGGGCUCUGGUUUCAGACAGAGGGUGAAAAGAGGUGCUACAACACAGGCAGUAUGAGAAAAAGAAAGACCUUUUUGAACAUUAAAGCAUAAACAUGCCCCAGUAGAGGCACAACACACAAAUAUGAACCUGGUAAUUAGCAUAAUAUGUCCUCUUUAACUUUGGUAAGACAAAAGUGUCUGUGCAGUAGUGAACAUCCAACAACUAUUGCAAAAUGUCGUGUAACUUGGAGGGGUGUAGCAUUUUCCAAAG